AUGAGACCAGAAUUUCCAGAGAAACUCACCUCAGGGAACCAGCGCAUGGCCUACCACCGGCUGGGCCAUGGCAAGCUGGCGGAGCACUUCUACCUCAAGGCCCUGUCGCUCUGCAACUCGCCGCUGGAGUUCGACGAGGAGACCCUCUACUACGUGAAGGUGUACCUGGUGCUCAGUGACAUCAUCUACGACCUGAAGGACCCGUUUGAUGCAGCCGGGUACUACCAGCUGGUACUGGCAGCCACCGUGUGCCUGGUCAACAAGAAGGCACAGCUGAAGAUCUACACGCGGCCGGCCACCAUCUCCCACAGCUUCCUCCUGGACCGCGAGAAGUCGCUCUUCUUCUACCAGAAGGCCAGGACCUUCGCCACAGAGCUCAACAUCUGCAGGGUCAACCUGCCUCCUCUGCCACUCUGCGGGUGGGCCCCCUGGUUGGCCCCAGCCACCCUUGCUGAGGACAGCAUCCGAGGAAGUGGGUUUGUGCGGGGAAGAUGGUCUCCUGCCUCUCCUGGUGUCUCCCGUGGCUCAUUUUCUGGGAAAUGGAGGCAUGAAAGCAGGGGUCAAAUAGCAAUAAAUACUUGGCUGGGCCGAGCCUGGUCAGCCCUGCGGGAAGGGGCAGCAGAGAGCUUUCUAGAACCGGCCGCGGGGCUGGCGGGGAGCAGCGGGUCAGAGCUGCUGACAAACCUCAUGUUGACCCCAGAUCGCUGUCUCUGUGGGUUGGGCUUGGGAACUGGAGGCCGCAUGAUUGGAAAUAUGAAGAUGGCUCGGCCUGGCUGGAGCAGCGGGAAGCGCCCUCACGUUUACUGA